AUGGCGUCCCCAGCGGUGGUCCUUCCGCCAUCUUUACAGGAGAGUCUGGACAAGACACAGGUCUCGUAUGCACAACUGGGUAGUUCGGGACUUCGUGUCUCGAUCCCCAUCCUGGGGACCAUGUCAUUUGGCCACAAAGCCUGGCAGCCCUGGGUCCUGGACGACCCGGACGAAGUCGACGCGAUCCUCAAGGGCGCCUUUGACCGCGGCCUGAACACCUGGGACACGGCCAACGUCUACUCCAACGGCCUGGCGGAGCGGAUGAUCGGCCACACGCUGAGAAAACACAAGAUCCCUCGACACAAGGUCGUCCUGCUGUCCAAGUGUUUCAGCGCCGUGGGCGAAGAGCCGGACGUCCACGUCAUCAGCUACCCGAGACAGGUCUCGGCGAGCAAGGACUACGUCAAUCAAGAGGGGUUGAGCCGGACGGCCAUCUUCAAUGCCGUCCAUGGCAGUCUGGAGCGGCUGGGGACCGAGUAUAUCGAUCUGCUGCAGAUUCACCGGUUUGACCCAACGGUCCCGAUCGAGGAGACCAUGAAGGCGUUGCAUGACUUGGUGCAGAGUGGAAAGGUUCGGUAUAUUGGCGCGUCAAGCAUGUGGACGUACCAGUUUGCACAGAUGCAACACGUGGCCGAGACGCACGGCUGGACCCAGUUCGUCUCGAUGCAGAACCACUACAGCCUGUGCUACCGCGAGGAGGAGCGCGAGAUGAACCGGUUCUGCCACGACACGGGGGUCGGGCUCAUCCCGUGGGCGCCCCUCUACCGCGGCCUGCUCGCGCGCCCGCUGGGCUCGGACAAGACGACGCGCGAGGCGAGUAUCAAGGGUGCCUUUGCCGGAUUGCACGGAGGAGACGUCGAGAUCAUCACGCGGGUGGGCCAAGUGGCCGAGACGCGCGGGUGGAAGAUGAGCCACGUUGCGCUCGCGUGGAUCGUUCAGAAAGGCACGGUCCCCAUCGUCGGGGCGAGCAGCCUGGCCCGGUUGGACGAGAUCUGUCAGGUGCGAGGCAAGGCGUUGACCGAGGACGAGAUCAGCUAUCUCGAGGAGCCGUACCAGCCGAGAAAUAUUGUCGGUCAUCACUAA